AAUGUUUUUGGAAAUAAGUAGAAUCAUAUUUAAAUUUGUAGCGUAAAUUCAUUUUGCUUGAAAAUGGUAAAAAUUGGUGUAAAUGGUUUUGGUCGAAUCGGACGAUUAGUAACUAGAGCAGCACUUGAAAAAGGCGUAGAGGUCGUGCAUAUCAAUGACCCGUUUAUUACACCAGAGUAUAUGGCCUACAUGUUUAAAUAUGAUUCUACUCAUGGCCGUUAUAAAGGAUGUGUAAAUACUACAGGGGGUUGUUUAUUUAUUAAUGGAAAAUCCAUUUACGUAACAAAUGAAAAAGAUCCGGCUGCAAUACCAUGGGGCAAAAGUGGUGCAGAUUAUGUCGUAGAAUCGACUGGUGUCUUUUUAACAAUCGAAAAAGCAUCAGCACAUUUACAAUCUGGUGCAAAAAAAGUUAUUAUAUCGGCACCAUCACCGGACGCUCCAAUGUUUGUGAUGGGUGUUAACAAUGAAAAAUACGAUCCAGCCAUGGACAUUGUAUCGAAUGCAAGUUGUACAACAAAUUGUUUGGCUCCAUUAGCUAAAGUAUUACAUGACAACUUUAAAAUAAUUGAAGCUCUGAUGACAACAGUGCAUUCAACCACGGCCACACAGAAAACUGUGGACGGUCCAUCAAGUAAAGACUGGCGUGGAGGCCGCGGUGCCGCUCAAAACAUUAUACCAGCAUCGACAGGUGCAGCAAAAGCUGUGGGUAAAGUCAUACCUGAUCUAAAUGGUAAAUUAACUGGUAUGGCAUUUCGGGUGCCCACCUGUAAUGUAUCUGUGGUGGAUUUAACGGCCCGUAUAGCAACACCCACAACAUACGAUCAAAUUAAAUUGAAAAUGAAGGAAGCUGCUAACGGACAUUUGAAAGGGAUAUUAGGCUAUACAGAAGAUCAAGUUGUAUCCUCAGACUUUAACGGAGACACACAUUCAAGCACCUUUGAUGCAGGGGCUGGUUUAUCGUUAAAUGAAACUUUUGUUAAGUUGAUUUCAUGGUAUGAUAACGAAGUUGGAUAUUCGAAUCGUGUUGUGGAUUUAAUCAAAUAUAUGUCGACCAAAAACGGCUUUUAAAGUACCAAAGUUACUCGAAAUAAUAAUACUUUUAGUAUUACAUUAUUUUUUUAAAUUUUUAGAUUAAAUA